CCAACCGUGACGUCACGGCAGCGCGCCUGCCGCGGGAAAGGGCCCCGUCGCGACCGCGUCCCCUUGGGUCCUUGAGCCUGAGCUGACGGGGUAGCCAUGGCCUUCCGGCUCCUGAAACUGGCCCCGACGUCCGCGUCCGUCCGGGUCCUGGCGGCGGGCGCCCAGCGCGUGAGAGGAAUUCAUAGCAGUGUGCAGUGCAAGCUGCGCUAUGGAAUGUGGCAUUUCCUAUUUGGGGAUAAAACAAGCACAAGACUGACAGAGCGCAGCAGGGUGAUAACUGUAGAUGGCAAUAUAUGUACCGGAAAAGGCAGACUUGCAAAAGAAGUAGCAGAGAAACUAGGCUUCAAGCACUUUCCUGAAGCGGGGAUUCAUUAUGCAGACAGUACCACAGGAGAUGGGAAGCCCCUCGCCGAAGACUAUAGUGGCAAUCUUAGUUUGGAGAAAUUUUAUGAUGAUCCGAGAAGCAAUGAUGGCCACAGUUACCGCCUGCAGUCCUGGUUGUACAGCAGUCGCCUCCUGCAGUACUCGGAUGCCUUGGAGCACUUGCUGACGACAGGACAAGGUGUUGUAUUGGAGCGCUCCAUCUUCAGUGACUUUGUGUUCCUGGAGGCGAUGUACAACCAGGGAUUCAUCCGAAAGCAGUGUGUGGACCACUACAACGACGUGAAGAACAUCACUGCCUGCGAAUACUUGCCCCCGCACCUGGUGAUCUACAUCGAUGUGACCGUUCCAGAGGUCCAGAGGAGGAUUCAGAAGAAAGGAGAUCCACAUGAAAUGAAGAUCACCUCUGCCUAUCUGCAGGACAUUGAGAAUGCCUAUAAGAAGACCUUCCUCCCUGAGAUGAGUGAAAAAUGUGAGAUUUUACAGUAUUCUGCAAGAGAAGCUGAAGAUUCAACAAAGGUGGUAGAGGACAUUGAAUACCUUAAGUUCGAGAAAGGGCCGUGGCUCCAGCAGGACGAUCGCUCUUUACACCACCUGCGAUUACUGGUUCAGGAUAAGUUUGAUGUGCUGAAGUACACAAGCAUUCCUGUCUAUCUCCCGGAAAUCACCAUUGGAGCUUAUCAGUCUGACCGUGUCUUGCGUCAAUUCAGAGCGGGCUGAGGCAUUCUCAGUGUGUUUAUAGACAAAAGGGUAAGUGCUUGUGGAAAGAGAGAAAAAACGCAAGAGAGGAAUGGGACCGUUGAUGGAGCAGGGAUCCCAGAGGCGGCGGGCGGGGCCUCUCGGCUCAUCAGAGAUCCAAGUUCACCAAGCAGGUAUGGCCAGGCCAGAUCACCGCUCGUUUCAUAGGACCCCAACCUAGUCUGCUGAGGGGAGGUGGAGGGAUGGGUGAGGGCUCUUUCCUCCCACGGGGAGACACUCUCUGUUGGAUUGGCCAUGUGUGGAGUGGAGGCACAGAACCUACAUCCAGGGUGCUGGGAGGGUAGGUGAGAAAGCCAGCUGACCCAUGCUGGGUGGUUGACCAGGCCCAGUGACCACGUUGGCCAUUGUCAUUGAAGCAUCUCAUUCCUUGAUUAAAAUCCACUGGUGCUCUUAACAUCACAGGGCCAGUUCCAGACAGUAGAUUACAGCCAUUUGAUGUGUCACAUUUAUGUUCUCCUAGCGUGAAAGCAGCAGUUUGUGUGCUUAACAUAAUAAAUAUGCAUGGUUGAACAUCCUGGAUGUGAUGGCUCAUGAGUCUUUCUGGAGCAGAUUCAUCUUGGAGAUGUCUUGACUGGCCUGUAAGGGGCACGCUCGUCCAGCUGUGGAGCACGCAGUGGGUCAGAUCUCCACACAGUGGUUCUUGUCCGUGUGAAUCCUCUCACCUACAUGAAGUGGUUCUUGUCCCUGUGAAUCCUCUCACCUGCAUGAAGGGUCUGGCUGCCUUUUCUAGGUGUCUGGGAAACCUGCUGUUUCCCAUCAACUGCACGCUUGAAUGGGGACUCCAGAAACAGGAGCAGCAUCAGGGACGAGUUAGAGGGCCUAGCAUGCCACACUCAGGGACGGUGGUGGGACACUGGCAGGAACAGUGGCAGCUCGUGGCGCUCGCUCUGGAUCCCAGGUUCCUGUGCCCGCCCACCUGUACCUGCCAAUGGAUGGGUGACUUUGAACUAAGCGAGAAGAUGGCAGUUGGGGUCCAGUGGCAUUCGUUAGUUAGGAAGAAGCUCCAGCUACCCAUUGUAGACUUCCUGUCUCUCUCGUCUGUCUUUCCUUAUCCCUGAACCUGGCUUCCAGUCUGAGUCUGGGGAGAUCUCCUGGGGGGGAAGGUUUCCCAGCUCUUCCUGUGACUGGAUGGAGUCAAAGGCACCAAGACCUGAGUCUAGGAAGGGUCCAGCCAACUCAUUUUUCUUCUUGGGGUUCUGUAAUUUUUGCUUUGUUUGCCCUUGUGUAAUUAAGAGGUGCACAGCUGCUGUUUGGGAUGCAGUUGUCUAAAUCAGUGAUGCCCCAGAAGUUGCUAGUGUUCUCGGAGCUGCUCUUACUGAGGGAAUCAUGUCUUUUUACUGGAACUCCUUCCUAGGGCCACUCUGAGCUCUCACAGCCUCUGCUGCAGCUCAUAGUUUCUGGCUCCACAUGGUGGAGUCGCCUCGCCUUCUGCUGUGGCUCCUGCUUGUCACUCUGCAGUGCUCUCAAGGCCAUUCAGCCUGUCGGCGGGAGCUCCACCUUCCCUGUGCAUUCAUCUGGCCCCCAUUUCACUGCACUCGGUGCCAGACACUGCACCAGGGCUGGAGACAUAGCCCAGUGUCCACACCCUGGAGACUCGGCAGAGGCACGUGCGCAGAGGGUGCGAUGGAAUCGCAGAGGCUGUGGGGACCCGUGAGAGGAUAGGGAUGUGCAGUAGGCUGCUGUGUCUGUGGUCUGAAGGCUCGCAUCUCACAGGAUGGGUAUGAGUUUGCCAAGUAGACAAAGAAGAGUCUUGGGGGGCAGUUGAGGGAGGAGGAGGAUGGCUGUGAAGGCCGGAGGCUGCAGGGCAUGGCCGGCAAGGGCCAUGAUGUGAGGGGAAAGGAGAUAGUGGCCCUGGGACGAGCAUGAUCUGAAGGGAAAGGAGACAGAGCAGGUGGGAGGGUGACGAGUGGGGGGAAGAUCGCACAGGGUCUUGGGGUGGGCUGUGGAGCUUAGUUUUCAUCCUAAGCCACGUGGGAUUACAGCAGGCAUGAGAUGAACCCGAGGAGUUCCAUAUAAUCAAAUUAGCCUUGCACAUUGUUAUAUAACCAAGUCUUGAAUUACAGUAUAAAGAACUUCUUAUCAGCAUUGAUGGGAUAAUUAAGAAAGGUUGUCAGAAGUGUUGGAAUUUGAACCAGAAUUUAAGAUUCAUAGAUCCUGAGGAUUUAUGGGCUUUAUUUAGAGUAACUUCUUGACUAUUAGAAACCCUAUCAGAUAAAUUUUAAGGGAUUGGAAAACAGAGAUCCAGAGAAGUUAGCUCAAGGUAAGACUACUAAAUGGAUGACGUGGAGUGAUGGUUAAGAUGACAUUUUUCUGGCUGGUGCCGUGGCUUUGGUUGAAAACAGCAAGAGAUACAGAACCAACGGGCUGGGUUCUGGGAGGGUGGUUGGCAAUAGGAAGUGUCGACGCUUGAGCCAGGAGGCUCUUAGGAUUAAUCUGGCAGCCGUGGCCUGCGAGGUGGGGAGAGGCUGGUGGAAGGAAGGAUUAUGGGCUGGGGAAUGGAGUGUCAUGGGCUGAAUAGGACCUGACAGGAAGGGGAAAGAGCAGAGAGAUGGAGGCUGAAGGGGCACCACUUCUGCUGCUGAUCACAGUGGUAACAAUGCCAGGUCACCCCGAGCACCUACUGUGUGCUGGGCACCAUGCUGUUGCCACAAGAAGGCACUAUUAUUCUUAUUCCCAUUUGCAAAUGAGCAGUUGGACACAGUGGCUUUUUGAGGUCCUGCAGCUUCUGGGAGGGCAGGACUCAUAUUUGGGCAAGUGUGAUCGGGUGGCCAUGCUGCUUCCCAUUCCGCUGCUUCUUGCAGGGCCCCUGGGGGGAGCACCGUGCACAGACUAAGGCAUGGGGGUUGUAUUAGGCUGUUCUCAUGUUGCUAUAAAGAAAUAUCUGAGACUGGAUAAUUUACUUAAAAGGGUUUUAUUGGCUCAGAGUUCUGCGGGCUGUACGGGAAGCAUGGCAACUUCUGCUUCUGGGGAGGCCUCAGGAAACUUACAGUCAUGGCAGACGGUAAAGGGGAAACAGGUACAUCCUAACAUGGCAGGAGCAAGAGAAUGGGGUGGCAGAGUGUCACAUUUUUAAAUGACCAGGUCUUUGGUGGCGGAGUGUCACAUAUUUUAAAUGACCGGGUCUUUGGUGGCGGAGUGUCACAUUUUUAAAUGACCGGGUCUUUGGUGGCGGAGUGUCACAUUUUUAAAUGACCGGAUCUUUGGUGGCGGAGUGUCACAUUUUUAAAUGACCGGAUCUUUGGUGGCGGAGUGUCACAUAUUUUAAAUGACUGGGUCUUUGGUGGCGGAGUGUCACAUUUUUAAAUGACCGGGUCUUUGGUGGCGGAGUGUCACAUAUUUUUAAAUGACCAGGUCUUGUGUGAACUCAGAGUAAGAGCUCACUCAUCACC